AUGGCCGGUGAGAACUGGUACCGCAUUGCGCUGAACAACAACCACGUAGGCUAUAUGUACAAUAAUGCCUAUCGCGAUCUCAAAGGCCGCUGGCAUUUUUUGUCGACCACUCACUUCUCUCUUGAAAACAACAGCCCCAACACCAUCAGCAAAUGGCUGACUUUUGCAGCAAAACCUCCGUUUGCUUUAACCCGCGCCAGCUAUACCAACCGCAGCAGUGGACAGCACAACGCAACCACGAUUCGGGCAACUCCAGAGGGUUACGAAGCCUCUAUUCAACGUAAUCAACAGGCCAAUAGUGUGGCGCUACCCUGGCAGUUUGAUCUGGAUACGUUUGUGGCUUUCGAACAAUGGCUGUCCAGCGAAGCACCGCAAGCCGGCGCCCAACACCUGACCGAAAGCCUGGAUUUUGAGCGCCUGCGUAUUACACGCCGCAAUUAUCGUGUGGUUGAACAGAACGACGAAGGUUAUCUGGUGGAGACCAGUGCCCCGUUUGCCGCUACCCGCACGCAACUGAACACCUACUUCCAGCCCCAGCAUCUCUCCAUGGCUGGCUUAUUCGACGUACAGGCAACCAGCGAAGCAGACGCCAUUGCGCUGAGCGAGCUGCGCAGUAAAACCAGCUACCUGCUCGCGCUGGACCAGCGACUGCCCGACCACACCAACCUGAAAAGCCUGGCCUUAAACCUGCACGGUGCCGGUGACUACAACCUGCCGCAAAAAUACAGUCUCACCGCCAACCCGGUUACAACCAAAGGUGAUGGUCAGGCACAUCAAGGUGAAACGCUGCAGUUCCCGGUCAGCCAUCCAGAUAUACAGGCGCUGGUGGCACAGAGUUUGAGCCAGGCAAAAAACAGCGGGCGCCACCCCGUGGAUACCCUGGUGACCACGGCGUACGAGCGUUUGGCUUACAGCGAAGAUGAACCUGCCGGCGCCGUCCUGACCGCACUGGAGAAACAGCGUGGAGAGUGCACCGAUUACGCCGACCUGUUCAGCACCCUGGCUCGAGCGGCGGGAUAUCCGGCACGCAACAUCUACGGCCUGGCCUAUAAAGAUGGGGCCAACCCGGCGUUUAUGUUUCAUGCCUGGAACGAAGUGUAUGUAGACGGGCAAUGGCGCUCGGUGGACCCCACCUGGAAUCAGACCCGUGUGGAUGCCAGCCAUAUGCCUUUGUCAGAUGCGCAGGCGGCGAGACUGAUGCAGGCCAACAAUACCAGCGAUAUCUACUUCGAGGAGACUGAGGUCCCUCAGGUGACAGCGGCGCCUUGA